AAAAAAAAAGAAAAAAAGAGAAACAUUUGGUCGCCGCCGCUCCUCUCUUUGGACGCCGCCGCCUGCCGCUGCUUCCUCCUCUCCGUCCCUCUUCAGCACCGUCGCACUCAGGGAGAAGGAAGUGGUAGAAUACUAAAAAAAAGGAAGACGGUUUAACUUUGGAAAAGCUGCCGGAAGUUCUCUGCCUCACCCGUCGGACGUCGCCGCCGGCUUCAGCUCCGGUUAGUGGGUCUAUAAUUGAACACCGAUGGGACUUGGUAUUGUUGGUGGUGGUAUUUGGUUCUCAAUCUUGAGGCAUAUAAUCUAUUGACCAAUUGGCCAAUGUUUUCUAGAUCUAUGCUGCAACUGAGGGAUAAACCAUGUUAUUGGUUCUUGCUUACCAUGACACUGCAAAUACAGCACAUGAAUAUUGUGUAUGUCAUCUUCCUCUUCUCAAUAUAUCUUCAGAGGUCUCUCUCUAUAUAAGCUCCAAACAUUCAUACCUAAACAAUGGAAAAACAAACCUGUGAGCAAUGGUAGUGAAUUUAUGAUUGGUCCCGUUUUUUCUUCCCUUAAAAGCUUUGCCUGUCAUGGUCAGUUGUCUAAAGCAUUUGAAGCUUUCUCCCUCAUUCAAUUGCGCACUGGAUAUAAUGAUUCAUUUGACCUCAUCUUGCAAUCCUUCUCCAUUCUUCUUGUAUCAUGCACCAAUGCUAGCUCACUCCCACCUGGUAGGCAACUUCAUGGUCGCAUUAUCUUGUCAGGUCUUGAGCAAGACUCGAUUUUGGUUCCUAAGCUCGUCACAUUCUACUCGAGCUUUAAACUUCUGGCCGAGGCUCAUACCCUUGUUGAGAAUUCUAAUAUUUUUCACCCUUGUCCUUGGAAUCUACUCAUCACAUCAUAUGUCAGAAAUGGACUUCAUGAGGCAGCCAUUUUAGUUUAUAAACAGAUGCUGAGUAGAGGAAUCAGACCAGAUAAUUUCACUUUUCCCUCCAUUUUGAAGGCUUGUGGUGAAACACAGAAUUUGGGUUUUGGUUUAGAGGUCCACAAGUAUAUUAAUGCUUGGUCAACUGAAUGGAGUUUGUUUGUUCAGAAUGCUCUAAUUUCUAUGUAUGGAAGAUGUGGAGAGGUGGACACUGCACGUAACUUGUUUGACAAUAUGCUCGAUCGAGAUGCAGUUUCGUGGAAUUCGAUGAUCUCUUGUUAUGCCUCCAAGGGCAUGUGGAAGGAGGCAUUUGAACUGUUCGACAAUAUGCAGAGUAAGUGUAUCGAAAUUAACAUUGUGACUUGGAACAUUAUUGCGGGAGGUUGCUUGCGGGUCGGUAAUUUUGUUGGGGCACUUAAGUUAUUGUCUCAAAUGAGAAAUUUUGGUGCUCAUUUGGACUAUGUAGCAAUGAUAAUAGGUUUGGGUGCUUGUUCUCACAUUGGUGCCAUUAGAUUGGGAAAAGAAAUCCAUGGCUUUACCAUCAGACAUUGUUAUCAUAGGUUAUCCAUUGUUCAAAAUGCAUUAGUUACCAUGUAUGCUCGUUGUAAAGACAUUAUGAAUGCAUAUAUUUUGUUUCGAUUAAACAGCGACAAAAGUAUAAUCACGUGGAACUCCAUGCUUUCUGGUUACACGCACCUGGACCGGGUUGAGGAAGCCUUGUUUCUAUUUAGAGAAUUGUUACUAUCUGGGGUAGAACCAAAUUAUGUGACAAUUGCUAGCAUUCUUCCUCUUUGUGCUCGAGUUGCGGAUUUACAACACGGGAGAGAAUUUCAUUGCUAUAUUACUAAACGUGAAGAUUUAGGGGAUUACUUGCUAUUGUGGAAUGCUUUAGUGGAUAUGUACGCAAGAUCAGGCAAGGUUUUAGAGGCAAAAAGAGUGUUCGAUUCGUUAAGCAAGAAGGACGAAGUGACGUAUACUUCCUUGAUUGCAGGCUAUGGGAUGCAAGGAGAGGGGAGCAAAGCACUAAGACUAUUUCAAGAGAUGAAAAGAUUUCAGAUCAAACCAGAUCAUAUAACCAUGGUUGCUGUCCUAUCAGCUUGUAGUCAUUCAGGACUUUUGAAACAAGGUGAACUUUUAUUUGCAGAGAUGCAAAGUGUCCAUGGUUUAAGUCCCCAUCUGGAACACUAUGCUUGUAUGGCAGACCUUUUUGGGAGGGUUGGUCUGUUGAAUAAAGCAAAGGGGAUUAUCACAAGAAUGCCUUAUAGACCAACGUCCGCUAUGUGGGCCACUCUUAUAGGAGCAUGUUGCAUCCACGGAAACACGAAUAUUGGGGAAUGGGCUGCAGAGAAACUUCUCGAAAUGCAACCUGAACAUUCGGGUUACUAUGUCUUGAUUGCUAACAUGUAUGCUGCUGCAGGUUCUUGGAGUAAGCUGGCAAAAAUAAGGACUCUUAUGAGAGAUUCUGGUGUGGCAAAAGCUCCUGGUUGUUCCUGGGUUGAUGUUGGCUCGGGAUUCGUCUCGUUCUUGGUUGGGGACACUUCUAAUCCACAAGCUCUUGAAGCUAAUCUCUUGUUAGACAAUUUGAACAAUGUAAUGAAACAUGGUAGUCUAGUGACAAAAGAUUCUCACGAUAUCGACAAUGACAGUUUUUGAGGAACAAGAAAUGAAAAUUUGAAAUAAGUUAUUUCUGAUACUAUAACUAUACGUUUUUGGUUUUAGCUCUUGUUUGUGCAUCAGAAAAACAUGUAACCGUACCUACCAUCACAUUGCUACUUUACUUAACACUUAACAGAGUUAGUUCACUUCCACUUGAAUUUUUCUUUUUCCUUUUCAAUGAAGCAUGAUCUAGACUUUUAGUUUAGUUCUUGUCGUAGCAGCCGAGCGUGAUGUGCUACGCCAGCCGAUCGGUAUUUGAAAUUGAGAGCUCUUCAACGACAGUCCUAUACUCAUUACUUUUAUGAAGCUACAUUGGAGCCGGUCUACCAAUAUUAGCACCCUACGCGGUUUGCUUGAAACUGGAGACAAAAUAUUGCGUAUUGAAGGCAUCUUCAGUGGGACGUCGAAUUAUAUCUCAACAACUUUAUGGGUAGUAAGUUUUUUAGUGACAUAGUCUCUAAAGCAAACCAAUCAGAAGGAUCUUCUUCGGGUUGAGUUGUCGGCACCCAUGCUUUGGCUACUCCUGAGAGAGUCGUGAUGCACUUUAGAGUAUUGUUGUAUGCGUUAAGGUUCAUCUAAGAUCAGUAAAGCUCCAUGUGGUCCAUAGAGCUGGUGGUCCUGUUGUACUCCUUAAUCGUGGGGAUUCUGAACUUUGGUGGGAGCUCCACAACCAUAACCUCCACCGUAAAGGGGAGCUUGUCCUGCUUCAGAUAUGUUUGUGAAGUUCUUGCCUUUUUGCAUGGAGACCAAUUACCUCAUUGUUGGUUUGGCAACGAGCGAUAAACACUCGUUGGGUCCCUCUUGUCACUCUAGUUGGUUGGGUGCGUUUGUUGCGGGGCUCCUCCAGAUGAAGCUGUAUCACCAGACCUGGGUCAUCCCCGCUAGAAGCAUUCACUCUGCGUCUUUCUUCAGUGCUUCGCCCAUUGGCAGAAUUGUCGGAGCAUUCUUUUCUCAUUUGUAAUCAUAGGUGUUGAAUGUGCAGAGCUUACUGACUUUAAACUCUUUCCAAAAGAUGGUGCCAAUUGUUGAUUCCAAUUUUUGGGUAGGUGCCACUCUCUUAGCUCGAGUUUUACAUCGCAUAGAAAUCUAGCACUGGUAUGUUGCUCAACUUAUUGUACUAUGAUGCCUAAAUUAGUACCCAAGGUAGGAGCAAACGACCCAGUGUGAAGCAUCUAACAUAAUCACAAGGAUUCGAGUGAAAAUUUGUGCAGGAGUGUGUGUAAAGACUUCUAGUACGAAUUUGUGCAAGAAUUUUUGCCCACCUUGAUUCAGGUUGAGGACCAUCGACACUCUAAUGAUCCUCUCUUGUGCAGUAGUGAGGCACGACGACGUCCAGGAAGAUAUCCUGGCUCGUGCCAGGAUUUGCUGCAGGGUGUUAGUGCCUCUCUCGUUUGCUGUCGUACAUACGGAUCAUUUAGGUGUGUCCCACAUUUUGAUCUGACUAAUAACUUUAUGUUAAUAAAAUUUAACCGAGGAUAUAAUGUAUAUUUAACCGAAAUAUUAUUGUUA